GAGCCCAACACCAAACCAAUCAGGUGUUCGACGAAAUGAUUCUUCAGACGUCAUUGAUCACGUGCUGCUGAUAAAGGGACACUGCUUUGAAUUAUACCGCUUAGCGACUUCAGUACAUGCCUCAUAGCUCCAGUCUCAAACUUAACCCCGUUCAUGAUGAUGAUGAUGAUGAUGAAGAAGAGGUGGUCUGCCUGCUGGAUGGAGAAAGACGCUCUCGUGGAAGAGGAGGCUGUUACAAUACAAAAACAAGUAGAGGUUGAGGCUGUUACCGUGAAAGACGAAGAGAAAGAGCUCUCAGUUAAAGAAGAGGAAGACUCGUUCAGAGUCAAAGAGGAGGACGGCGACGUUUCAGUGAAAGAAGAGGAGGGGGAAGUGACUGGCACAUCGAAAAAUGAAGAAGAGGAGGAAACUGGAUAUCUGGGCCCGGUUUCCCAAGCGCAUCUUAAGGCGUCCGAUGGUUCUAACGAUGAACGGGCCCUGAUUAACACGAGAGAGAGAUGUGACUAUUGUGGAUCCUCUGGGGGUUCUCAACAACCUCCUGAUGCUGACAGGGCAGAGAAUAGUCUCUCCACUUCAAAACACCUCAAGAAACACCAGCAGAGACCCACAGGGAAGAAAUCUCAUUGCUGCUCUGACUGUGGGAAAGGUUGCAAAUAUUCAUCAGAACUUAAAAUACACCAGAGAACACACACAGGAGAGAAACCUUAUAGAUGUGGUCAAUGUGGGAGGAGUUUUACCACAUCUAGCAGUCUGACAUUACACCAGAGAACACACACAGGAGAGAAACAUUUUAGCUGUGGUCAAUGUGGGAGGACUUUUUCUACAUCUAGCCAUCUGACAGUACACCAGAGAACACACACAGGAGAGAAACCUUAUAGCUGUGAUCAAUGUGGGAGGAGUUUUGUUCAAUCUAGCCAGCUGACUUCACACCAGAGAACACACACAGGAGAGAAACCUUAUAGCUGUGGUCAAUGUGGGAGGACUUUUACUACAUCCAGCCAUCUGACAUUACACCAGAGAACACACACAGGAGAGAAACCUUAUAGCUGUGAUCAAUGUGGGAGGAGUUUUGUUCAAUCUAGCAAUCUGACAGUACACCAGAGAACACACACAGGAGAGAAACCUUAUAGCUGUGAUCAAUGUGGGAGGAGUUUUGUUAAAUCUAGCCACCUGACUUCACACCAAAGAACACACACAGGAGAGAAGCCUUAUAUCUGUGAUCAAUGUGGGAAGAGAUACUCUGAUAAAAGAUCUCUGAUCAAACAUCAGAAAAUACAUGCAUGAAGAAGUUGUUUCACGAUAUCAAUGAAAUAAUGUCAGAAUGUAUCAUGUUUUAACAUUGUAGUAGGAGUAUUUUAAUGAUGUCACAAUGUAGAAUGUUUUAGCAUUGUAGUAGGAGUAUUUUAAUGAUGUCACAAUGUAGAAUGUUUUAACAUUGUAGUGGGAGUAUUUUAAUGAUGUCACAAUGUGGAAUGUUUUAACAUUGUAGUAGGAGUAUUUUAAUGAUGUUCUACCUUAUCGUUUGCCUUGUUCAAUUGAUUGCAGCAUGAUAUGGAUAUUAGCCUCAUGGGAAAAUCCAGGCUCUGAAUU